AUGAAGGGUAUCUUUCGACCUACUUCUCUUUCCAGCACUGGUAGUCCGGUCAACGACAUGGGCGAUGAAAUUGAGCAGCUUUUUGUCCUCGACUACAGCCCGAUGCACCGACGGGUGCCCGAGGCGCAGCUCAUCAAGUAUUCAGCCGAGAAGCAAGUGCGCCAGCUGCAGCUCAUCAACCCCCGAACGCAAUGGAUCGAGGUUGACAAUAUGACUGUGGUGGUCUCCAUUGACGGUGCCUGUCGCGACAACGGGAAGCCGACGGCUCGAGCGUCAUGGGGCGUCUUUUUCGGGCCAGGCUCCCGAUUCAACUCUAGUGGUCGGCUCAGCCCCUCUUGCCCACGGACGAGCUCUCGCGCCGAGAUUGAGGCUCUAUCGAUAGCAUCAGGGAUAUCAGCCGUGGCGAUAUGA